AUGGAUGUCCUCUCAGCAGAUCAAACGGACAACCUAUCGCGCCAGUCCAGGACUUUGAUGUCUAUCUUUCCGCCUGUCUCUUUCAGCACCGGGACCGGCAGGUUCGUGCUCGACCCAUCAGCUACCGAUGCUUCGUCUGAGAGUCUUGGAGCUGAGAUCACCAGCCUCAUCAAGGCGGGCGUGUUUGAACCUUACCUCGAUGUCAUGAAUUCCACCGCUGAAUACAGCAGAAGCGAGGACGAGGGGUCGCUUGUGUCGCGGGACGCUAGUGUCGAGAUUCAUCAGGGGAAUCUCACUGAUAAGAAGGGCCGGUUCAACGCAUCGAAGUUGUGCCGCGACACAAAGAGGAACAUGAAUCAGACCAUAAACAUCGCGAAGGUGUACGAAGCUUAUAUCCAGGGAAGGAGACUCGAUGAGGAAAAACGCAUCAGCUCUAAAACCCUUCUGAGAGACAUUGAAGUCGACUUCGCUGUGCUUGAGCUUGAAAGUGGAGGGGAACUUCACCUCGAAUUCAAAGUGAAGGAGAGAUUGGCCGAAUUGACACUGGAAAUGAUCUAUGACGGCUGCUGGACGAUGGAGAUGUACCGAGCUUUCCACUACUUAUACCAGUUUGGGAAGCGAGGACAAAAGGCGAAAGACGACGUCGAAUUUCUCGAAGAGAUAGCGGAAGAGGAAGUCAAACCUCUUGACUAUCGGUCGAGCGAUGACGACAACAAAAAUGUCGAAAUGCUCGCUCCAGAGCCAACCUUCCUCCCUCCUCAGUCAGCUGGGCACAUCGAAGACAAGUAG